UCAGGCAACGCAACUGGACCUGACGACCUAGUAGCUGACUUGUGGAAAUCGAAAUGCUGGAAUCCUGCAGAGUGGUUGUCGGACUUCUUCAACCAGAUCGUUGCACAGAAAAGAGCUGGCAACAGAGCACGACAAUUCCUAUCUGGAAAAAAGAAGGGCAGUCCUGGGGACUGCACUUGCUACCGUCCAAUUUGCUUGCUCUCGCACAGCAUGAAAAUCUCUGAGCGAAUUGUAGACAGCCGUGUCCGGGAUAUCGUCGAGCUGACCACGAAUCAGUGUGGUUUUGUGUCUGGCUGCAGCACCAUUGAUGCCAUACACUCGCCUUCUACUAGAAAAGCAUCGCGAAAAGCGAAGACCGGAACAACUUACCUUACUAGCAGGUCAAAGAGCCGAGUGCAAACGCAGCGGGCACAUCGACGGACUCCAAGGCUCUGCGUUAUCCCCACUUCUUUUUGUUGUCAUCAUGGAUGCCAUUACAAAAGACCUCCAGAAGCCGGCUCCAUGGACGCUCCUUCAUGUCAAUCACGUUAG